AUCCAGUCCCACCACAGUUUUUGUAUCCACCAUUCAAACUGAUUCAGUAACAUUGCAGCCUACUGAUACAGCGUCAGCACCAGCCACUCCCACAGUUAUUACUGAGCCUUCGAAGACAACUGUGUUAUCUGAACCAACCACUGAUAUUCAGACAACAACAUCAGAAACUACUGGUACAACGCUGGCGUCUCAGCCUACACUUACUACUGUAUCAUUAUCUUCUGAGACCACCAUGGUAUCUCAAAGCACCAAGCCUAGUGGUAUAGUAACAUCUGUUCCUCACAAUACAACCAUUACAACUACAGCAACUGCCCAGACUGACAAACCAACAUCAUUGCCAAUAGGAAGUCAUACAUCUCAAUCAACCCUUGCCCCUAUAUCAACCAGCCCAACCUACACAUUAACAUCUACAUCUUCUCUGACCACAUCACCUGUCAAUCUAACCCCUACAACCAACGUACCACCUACUCAAACAACUCCCCGUGUCUCAUCCCCACCACCAACAGUCCUGCCAACUUCAAUCAUGUCAUCAACAAAGCUACAAAGUGACUCAUCACCAACAUUUCCAAUUACAACACUCCUCUCAACAACUCCUCAAUCAACCAUGAAACCAUCAACAACUGAAAAGCCUUUAAAUUGCGAAAAUGGUGGAUACUACAAUGGAUCUCACUGCAUAUGUCCUCCUGGGUUCAACGAAACUUAUUGUGAAAAUGUUAUAGAUUUUCAGCCAGAAACACUGAAUCGGUCAGUUGUGGUUGACGUGGUGAUCCAUCAGGAAUAUGAUGAAAGAUACAAUGACAAACAAUCACCUGAAUAUAAAGAGUUUGUUGGAAACUUCACUACUCAGAUGGAGAACUAUUACCAGGAAAAGGAGAUACCAAGUUUUAAAAAUGUUGUUGUAAUUAAUGUCAGUAGCCCUGGCAGCCCUCUUGUCAGAUUUUUGGAGAAGAUUAGAUCAUCAGCAUUGGCAACCUACACUACUACACCAAGAGAACGAGGUAUUAGAGUCAUACAUGAUGUAAUUUUGAGGAUUCCAAACAAUGCCGUCUCUGACCAAGUGUACUUGAGUGACUACACCGCCGUGAAGGAUGCUGCUGACAACCUUGUUGGCUGCCAAAGAGUAUUUUCAUAUUGUCCUUACAACGUCACAGAAUCACCCAUAGUGAAUACAACGAAGGUUGAUGGGGAAGCUUUAUGUUUGAACUCUGUGGCCAAUCCAGAUGUUGCUCAGUUCUAUGAACCUCAAACUGAACAAAAUGGACUACUCACAUGUGUGACUGUAUGUGACAGAAGUCAUUCAACUCCAAAAACAUGCAACAAUAGGGGAGACUGCAGAGUCUACAAGGACACUGGACCUGUUUGCCUGUGCCACUCUAUGAUUUCCACUUGGUAUUUGAGCAAUGACUGUGGACUCCCUAUAGAGAAGACUGCUUUCUACAUUGGGUUGGGUGUGACACUUGCUUGUCUGUUAGUGACCGUGGGAGCCUUGACUACAUAUGUGCUGAUUAACAAACACAAGCUAAAGAAGAGAAGAGAAAUUAAGGAGAAGUUGGUGUUCCAGUGGCUAAAUGAGGAAUUUGAGUGGUCCAGAUCCAACAGCUUAAGUGACACAUACAAUGCUGAUUAUGAAAACCCAACAUUUACAUUUGAGGAAUCAUCCCGCUACAGUGAGAAUCCAGACGAUUACAGACAGCCUGUACCUGUCUACCAGCUGUCUCAGUCCUCAGAGGAUGCUGACAACAUAACACCCACCACACUGGUCCACAUGAGCCCCUCAAACCAAUUACUACAUGGAAAUAAUACUCCAGUUUCUACUGGCAGUCUGGUUGGACCUCCCAGAGACUUCUCAUCCAACAUGCCGAUGAGGACCAGCAGCGUUCAGAUCAGACCAUCCUCAGAGAUUUGAACUACCAAGGUUUUGCAGAUUUGCAUAUGCAGAUAUUUGUCUUUGUUAGCAACAUUGUGGCAAAACAUGAUACAAAUGAUAAAAUAAAUAAAUACAAAUAUAUAUACUGUUUUGCAUAGUGACAUUUGUUUUGGCACUAAUGGAUGGUUUGAAUGCACUUUAUGUAAAUAAAAAAUGUCAGUUAUCAAAAUGAGCGUAUUUUAUUUCAGUGACAUUCAACCCAUUAGACCCCUUUCAGUUUAUUUGCAAUUAUGAACAGUGCAAUCAAUAAAUACAUAAUAUGCUCAAGGAUCAACCAAAAUGAUAUAUUUAAUGUUGCCCUAUAAAAGAAAAGAUUAUGAUGACAAAACAAGUCUGUAAUUGGUGUGCUUAUAGUGCAUAUGUAAAGAGCAACCAUAAGUCCUGGAAAUCGAUGUCUUUGUCUUUAAA